AUGGUAAAUAUAGCUGGAUCUCCUAAGGCUAGUCAAAUAUUGACAAUAUCUUACGCACUGGACCCUAAGGAUACUAAGACAUAUCGAUGUGCCUUCUGGAACGUUCAAAAUAAGAAUAAUCUGCAUUGGGACGAUCAUGGUUGCACCACCAAACUCGCCGAAAAAUCAAGAUUGGAAUGUCAAUGCAAUCACACGACAAGUUUUUCAGUACUGACAGAUUACCAGUCUGUUCUGGCGGAUUUGAUCCCUAUCAACACCCUAGUAUUAGAUUUGAUAACUAACGUCGGACUGGUAGUUUCCAUUAUAUGCCUGGGAAUAACAUUCGCUAUUUUUGUCAAAGUUCGAGCUUUGCACACCGAAAGAAACGUUAUUCAUAAAAACAUGUGUUUAUGCCUGAUGUUCGGCGAAAUAAUUUUCCUGUCUGGAAUCAACUUUGUCCACAACAAAUUAGUUUGCAAAUUGGUGGCGCUACUUUUGCAUUACUUUUUCCAAGCCACCUUUAUGUGGAUUCUCCUAGAAGGGGUCUACUUGUUUGUGCUGCUAAAAAAUGUGUUCGACGACGAGAAGUCUUACAAGAUAUACUACUACUUAGUCGGAUACGGUAUACCGGGCAUAAUAGUAGGGGCGAGUUACGCGAUUAUGCCUUCCGGGUAUGGCACCGCUAAACAUUGCUGGUUAAGUACCGAGAAGAGAUUUAUCUGGGCCUUUCUGGGACCCGUAUUGGCUGUCAUACUGUCGAACAUAUUCAUUCUCAUAUACUCCCUCUUAAAGGUCAUGCAGAUCAAAGCACCUUCUAACGAUAAAACCGGGAGAUUUUGGAAAUGGCUGAAGGGAUCAUUCUUGCUCUUGUGUAUUCUUGGAAUAACCUGGUUGUUUGGAUUCAUGUUUAUCAGCUACAAAACGCUCUUAUUCGCUUAUAUAUUUUGUUUGCUCAACUCAUUUCAAGGCUUGUUCAUCUUCAUAUUUCACAUAUACAUGAAUGAGAAAACCAGAAUGGCUUUUCUAAGGUAUCUUAGGAGAUCGAGCUUUUUCGGAAAACACUUCAAACCAUUAGUAACAUCGUCCGUUCUUGAAACAUCAUCUGGAAAACCCUUUCAGAUUUCUAAGGGCCCUUACUUUCUCACGAAUUUCAGCAUGAGAGGCUUUAAACCGCUAUCUAAUACAUCGGAAGUAGCAGAAGAUUCAUCUGAAAUCACGGGGGGAAGAUAUAAAAUGUUACUAGAAGAUUCGGAAAAAAUGUAA